GAAAUGAGAAAAACGUUCAAAUUAUCAAUUGAUUGAUUGAUUGAUUAUUUAGAUCGUUUUCAAUUGUACUUGUCGAAGAGUCAUCAAUCUCUAGAAUCAUCAUAUCACAGAUCCACUAGAAGUUAACGAUGGCUAUUGUCAAAAGAGGUGGUCGUACCAAGACCAAACAGCAACAAGCUCCUGCGAAAUCUGGUAUCAAGAAAGCAGAGUUUGAUCUCCAUAAAAAGAAGGAAGUGGGUGUAUCGGACUUGACUUUAUUGUCGAAAAUCACUGAUGAUGAAAUCAAUAAUAACUUGAACAAGAGAUUUAUGAACGAUACUAUCUAUACUUAUAUCGGACAUGUGUUGAUUUCAGUUAACCCCUUUCAAGAUUUAGGUAUCUAUACCGCAGAGACUUUGAAUAAGUAUAGAGGUAGAAAUAGAUUAGAAGUUCCUCCUCAUGUGUUUGCUAUUGCUGAAGCAAUGUAUUAUCAUUUAAAGUCAUAUGGUGAGAAUCAAUGUGUGAUUAUUUCUGGUGAAUCUGGUGCUGGGAAAACUGAAGCUGCCAAACAAAUUAUGCAAUAUAUUGCUAAUGUCUCUGUUGAUACUAAUAAUGCUGAAAUAUCGAAGAUUAAAGAUAUGGUAUUAGCUACUAAUCCAUUAUUAGAAUCAUUCGGUUGUGCUAAAACAUUAAGGAAUAAUAAUUCAUCAAGACAUGGUAAAUAUCUUGAAAUCCAAUUCAGUGAAGGUACUUAUCAACCUAUUGCAGGUCAUAUUACCAAUUACUUAUUGGAAAAACAAAGAGUGGUAUCUCAAAUCACCAAUGAACGUAAUUUCCAUAUCUUUUAUCAAUUCACUAAAAAUUGUCCUUCUCAAUAUAAACAACAAUUUGGUAUUCAAGGUCCAGAAUCAUAUAUUUAUACUUCAGCUGCUAAAUGUAUUAAUGUUGAUGGUAUGGAUGAUGCUAAGGAUUUCCAAGAUACUUUAAAUGCCAUGAAAAUUAUUGGUUUGGCUCAACAAGAACAAGAUAAUAUCUUUAGAAUGUUGGCCCUGAUCUUAUGGAUUGGUAAUAUAUCAUUCGUAGAAGAUGAAAGUGGUAAUGCUGCUAUAAGAGAUGAUAGUGUGACCCAAUUUGUGGCAUACUUAUUAGAUGUUGAUCCUGAGCUAUUAAAGAAAUCUAUUAUUGAAAGAGUGGUUCAAACAUCCCAUGGUAUGAAGAGAGGUUCUAUCUAUCAUGUGCCCUUGAAUAUUGUUCAAGCAACAUCAGUAAGAGAUUCAUUAGCAAAAGGUAUUUAUAAUAACUUAUUCGAAUGGAUUGUUCAAAGAGUUAAUGUUUCAUUAAAGGGUGUUCAAACAUCUUCAAAGUCAAUUGGUAUUUUAGAUAUUUAUGGUUUUGAAAUUUUCGAACAUAAUUCAUUUGAACAAAUUUGUAUUAAUUAUGUUAAUGAAAAAUUACAACAAAUUUUUAUUCAAUUAACUUUAAAAGCUGAACAAGAUGAAUAUGUUCAAGAACAAAUUAAAUGGACUCCGAUUGAUUAUUUCAACAAUAAAGUCGUUUGUGAUUUGAUUGAAGCUACCAGACCACAACCAGGUUUAUUUGCUGCUUUGAAUGAUUCUAUUAAGACUGCUCAUGCUGAUUCUGAAGCUGCAGAUCAAGUGUUUGCUCAAAGAUUAAGUAUGGUUGGUGCCAGUAAUCGUCAUUUCGAAGAUCGUAGAGGUAAAUUUAUUAUUAAACAUUAUGCUGGUGAUGUCACUUAUGAUGUUGCUGGUAUGACAGAUAAGAAUAAAGAUGCUUUAUUGAAAGAUUUAUUGGAAUUAUUAUCAACUUCCAAGAAUCCAUUUGUCAAUAAUACUUUAUUCCCUCCUGAAUUACUUGCUGCUGCUUCGGAUGCCAAGAAACUGCAAACUGCUUCAGAUAAAAUUAAAACAAGUGCCAAUUUAUUAGUUGAUACUUUAUCAAAAUGUCAACCAUCAUACAUCAGAACCAUUAAACCAAAUCAAACAAAACGUCCAAAGGAUUAUGAUAACCAACAAGUAUUACAUCAAAUUAAAUAUUUAGGUUUGAAAGAAAAUGUUCGUAUUAGAAGAGCUGGUUUUGCUUAUCGUACCACAUUUGAUAAAUUCGUGCAAAGAUUCUACUUAUUAUCAUCAGCAACUGGUUAUGCCGGUGAUUAUAUAUGGCGUGGUGAUGAUAUUUCAGCCGUUAGAGAAAUCUUAAGAGCUUGUCAUAUUCCAGCUACUGAAUAUCAAUUAGGUACUACUAAAGUUUUUAUUAAGACUCCAGAAACAUUGUUCGGUUUGGAAGAUAUGAGAGAUAAAUAUUGGCAUAAUAUGGCUGCCAGAAUUCAAAGAGCUUGGAGAAGACAUCUUAAGAGACAAGAAGAUGCUGCUAAGACUAUGCAAAGAGCUUGGAGAAUGAAAAAGCACGGUAAUGAAUUUGAAAUUUUACGUGAUUAUGGUAAUGGUUUAUUACAAGGAAGAAAAGAACGUCGUAGAAUGUCCAUGUUAGGUUCACGUGCAUUCAUGGGAGAUUAUUUGGGUUGUAAUCAAACUUCAGGUCAAGGAAGAUUUAUUCUUAGUCAAGCUGGUAUUAGUGAAAAAGUUAUCUUUUCCGCUCGUGGUGAGAUUCUUCAAGCCAAAUUUGGUAGAUCUUCAAAGAGAUUACCUAGAAUAUUCAUUUUGACUAGUGCUAAUCUUUAUGUUGUUGCUGAAACUUUAAUUGAAAGAAAAUUACAAAUACAUAGGGAAUACUCUAUUCCAAUUGGAGGAAUUAAUUAUGUUGGAUUAUCUUCUUAUGCUGAUGGCUGGGUAGCUAUUUCAUUGCAUACUCCAACACCAACUUUGCCUGAUAUCUUCAUUUGUCUUGACUUUAAAACUGAAUUGAUUACUCAUUUAAAGAAACUUAAUGCUGGUUUAACUAUUAAUAUAGGACCAACAGUUCAAUAUCAAAAGAAGCCAGGAAAAUAUCAUACUGUGAAAUUUGUGUCAAGUAAUGCAGCUGAAGUUCCAGCCUAUGGUGAUGUUUAUAAGUCGGGUACUAUCUCCGUAAGACCAGGUUUACCAGGUAGUAGUAAGAAUCCAAAGAGACCAAGGGGUCAACCUGGUAAAAUUGACUAUUCAAAAUAUUAUAAUAGAGGAGCUAACAAAAAGUCUGUUAGAGAUUAUGUACCUGCUGCUCAAGCUAAUGCUCGUUCUUAUCCAAACCCAGUGGUUCAACAGCAGCAAUCAUAUCAACCAGUCGCUCAAGCUCCAGUCCAAGUCGCUCAACCUGUUCAAAGAAAAGCCCCUCCUCCGGCUCCUGUUUUACAGCAGCAACAACCAGUUGCUCAGGCACAACCAGCAGCUACAAUUAGAGUCAAGAAAUCAGCUCCAUCACCACCAGUGAGAAAGACAGCUCCUCCUCCUCCACCACCUCCAGCAGCAUUCACAGCCCCACCAAAACCAAAAUUCCCUACUUAUAAAGCCAUGUAUGAUUAUGAUGGAUCUGUUUCUGGAACUUUCGCUCUUGCAAAGGAUACUGUCUAUUACAUUGCUGAUAUAAAUGGUAAAUGGGGUCUUGUUAAGACAUUAGACGAAAAGUCUGAAGGAUGGUCUCCUAUUGAUUAUUUACAAAAAUGUGAACCACCUGCCAGUUUAUUUGGUGGAGUUUCUCAAGUGCCUACUCCCCCACCAGCACCUCAAGCUCUACAACCACAAGCCAGAGUUCAACAACAACAACCUGUAUCUGUGUCCCCAACCCCAGUCCAACCUGCUGCUCAAAAUGGAAGUUUAAGUAAUGGUUUAGCUGAUGCUUUAAGAGCCAAACAACAAGAAGAAACCACAUUAGCUGGUUCAUUAGCUGAUGCGUUGAAAAAGAGACAAGGUGCCACUAGAGACGAUAGCGAUGAAGAAGAAGACGAUGAUGAUUGGUGAGUUUUCUGUAAGGAUUUGUAUGUUAUAUCUGAACGUUUUAUGAUAUAUAGAUAAUGUAAAAAUAAAAGAUUUUUGUAUUUUGUAUUAUUU